AUGUCUGCUCAACCUGAAAAGAGAAAAGUUACAAGAAAAAAGAAAGAUCCAGAUGCACCAAAAAGGUCUCUUUCUGCCUAUAUGUUUUUCGCUAACGAAAACAGAGACAUUGUUAGAGCUGAAAAUCCUGGAAUUACCUUUGGACAAGUUGGUAAAUUAUUAGGUGAAAAAUGGAAAGCUUUAACCACCGAAGACAAGGUUCCCUAUGAAAAUAAAGCCGAAGCUGAUAAAAAGAGAUAUGAAAAAGAAAAAGCUGACACUAGUGCCCAACAACAACUUCAACAACAACAGCAUUCUCCACCACAAACUCACCAGCAACAACAACAGCCGCAACAGCAGCCGCAACAACCUCAACAACAACCUUUCCAAUCUCUUGCUCCUCAGAUUCAACAACAUUCAAUUCACCAAAAUCUACCACCUCAAAACUAUCAACAACAGCAACCGCCGCCGCCACAUUCUCUUACACAAUUCCAACAACCUUACCAACAACAACUACAACAGCAACAGCCUCAAUCUCAUUAUCCCUAUCAAUAUUCUCAACAGUUUCAAGGCCAACAGCCUAAUCAGCAGCAACAACAACCGCAACAAUCACAACAACCACAACCACAACAGCCACAUAAUUAUAACCACCCUCAGAAUCUACAAAACCCAAAUCAACCUCAAAAUCCAAACAAUCCUAAUGAAUAUUAUGACAAUUUUUCAUUUCAAAAGGAUUUUUGGAUGUAA